UAUUUACAAUUUAGCAAAUUAACACUGGAGUGAUAGAUGAGCAGAUGAUGAUGUGCAAGUAGAAAUACUGGUGUGCAAAGAGCAGAAAGUACAUGAACCCUCCCGUUGUCUCGGCGGGUCAGAGUGACCCCGGGCAGGGGAGUUGAUCACCCGUAUCUGUAUGGGUCAGAGUGACCCUGGCAGCCUUAUCAAGGUGUACGUUGUAACCCUCCUACCCCUGUCUGGGCCGGGUCAUAGUGACCCAACACUACCACCUGGUGGAUACUAGUCAAACAGCAAGGUGUAUGUUGUAACCCUCCCACCCCUGUCUGGGCCGGGUCAUAGUGACCCAACACUACCACCUGGUGGAUACUAGUCAAACAGCAAGGUGUAUGUUGUAACCCUCCCACCCCUGUCUGGGCUGGGUCAUAGUGACCCAACGCUACCACCUGGUGGAUACUAGUCAGACAGCAAGGUGUAUGUUGUAACCCUCCCGCCCCUGUGUGGGCGGGGUCAUAGUGACGUCAGAGUGACCCCGGGCAGCUUUACGAGUUGAUCCCCCGUGUCUGUGUGGGUCAGAGUGACCCUGGCUGCCUUAGCAAGGUGUAUGUUGUAACCCUCCCACCCCUCUCUGGGCUGGGUCACAGUGACCCAACACUACCACCUGGUGGCUACUAGCCAAAGGUCCUGCCCCAGAAUUGACACCCACCACAUUCCGGGCAAGGGCCCUGUGUGCGAAGUGACAGGCCCGUACUGCCCUUGGGCCCCGUGUGAGUUUGGGUAUUGAUUCUAAAAACGCCCCCCCUGCUACACUGUCUUCCCUUGGUUGUGGAUAUUGUGCCUUUUGGGUAUGGUUGCUGUUACAAUACCAGAGUCAGAGUGACCACGGGCAGCGUUUACGAGUUGAUUUUCCCAUGUCUGUGUGGGUCAGAGUGACCCUGGUAGCCUUAGCAAGGUGUAUGUUGUAACCCUCCUACCCCUGUCUGGGCUGGGUCAGAGUGACCCUGGCCCUGUGUUACGAGUUGAUUCCCCCGUGUCUGGGCUGGGUCAGAGUGACCCUGGCCCUGUGUUACGACUUGAUUCCCCUGUGUCUGUGUGGGUCAGAGUGACACUGGCAGCCUUAGCAAGGUGUAUGUUGUAACGCUCCUACCCCUGUCUGGACCGGGUCAGAGUGACCCUGGCACCACUUGUCCACAAGAACUCAGUGCAAGAACUCGUUGCAAUCACACGGGGAGGCCAGCCAAGCGUACCGGAUGGACCGAAGGGCCCGAAGGAGCAGACUGGGCAGACAACGCGCGUCGUCCGUUGGCGUGCCUCGUCCCAUUCACGUGGCCAGUGUAAGCUGGCCGUAGAGAGGCUACUAAUAUUGUCAGGAAGAAGAAGAAGAAAGAAGAAGACGAGGACAACGACGAGGAGGAAUAGGACCCCGCCGAGCGUGAGCCCUCCGCCUACGACUGUAAGCCGGCCGUACAGAGGCUACUAAUAUUGUCAGGAAGUAGAAGAAGAACAAGGAGAAGGAGAAGAAGAUGAGGACCAUGAUGAGGACGAUGAUGACGACGACGAGGAGGAAUACGACCCCGCCGAGCGUGAGCCCUCCGCCUAGGACGCCUGGCAGUCCUUGUUUCAGCGCGGCUGAGGUCCUGGAACAGAUAUCCUCCAGUGUCGACCAAGAAGACGAAGAAGACUACUGCGAUUCCGAAGAGGAGGAUGUUUUGGAAGAUGAAGACGGUGAGGAAUACAACCCCGAGCGUGAUGCGGACGACUACGACCUCGACUCGGCCUCGCCGUCAUGCUCCUCUUCAGAGGAAGAGGGGGAGCGAGAGGGAGACACGGCCGCUGCCCGAGAGCGAGACAGAGAGCCAGAUCGAGACAGAGCCAGAGAGCCAGAGCGAGACAGAGAGGACGCGGCGGCAGCCGCCCGAGGCCAAAGGGAGACGUUGCUGUCAAAGAACGGCAAAAUCAAAUGGUCCUCCGUGGCCUAUCGCGGCCCGGACCGGCCCCGCGCCAUCCGCCGCCCCGGCCCCGUCGUGACGCCGGGGCCUACGCCGCAUCGCGAGCACUCGACAUCGAGUCCACCUUCCAGCUGUUUGUCACACCGGCGAUAGAAAGGAUAAUUGUGGACAUGACAAAUCUGCAGGGGGUGAGAAAAUACGGCGACGGCUGGCGACCCAUGGACUCCACCGACCUGCGCGCCUACGUAGGGCUGCUGAUCCUAGCCGGCGUCUACAGGUCCCGAGGCGAGGCCGCGGCCAGCCUGUGGGACGCCGAGAGCGGCAGGACCGUGUUCCGCGCCACCAUGCCGCUCAAGGUGUUUCACAAGUACUCGAGGCUGCUGCGAUUCGACGACCGCCAGUCGAGACCCGCGAGACUCGCCACCGACAGACUGGCGGCCAUAAGAGAGGUAUGGAACCUGUGGGAGGAGCGGCUGCCGGCCCUCUACAACCCGGGGCCCGACGUGACGGUGGACGAACAACUGGUCCCGUUCAGAGGACGCUGUCCUUUCCGACAGUACAUUCCCAGCAAGCCGGCCAAAUACGGCAUCAAGUCGUGGGUGGCCUGCGACGCCAAGUCCAGCUACGCUUGGAAGAUGCAAGUCUACACCGGCAAGGCGGCCGGCGGUGGCCCCGAGAAGAACCAGGGCGCCCGCGUCGUCCUCGAUCUGACCCAGGGACUGCCGGCCGGUCACAACGUCACGUGUGACAAUUUCUUCACCUCCUACGAACUGGGCCAGCGGCUCCUCGAGAGGAACCUCACCAUGGUGGGCACGGUGAGAAAGAACAAGGCCGAGCUCCCGCCCGCGCUGCUCGAGUCAAAGGGCAGACAGGUCCUGUCCUCCAGGUUCGCCUUCACGCCCACCGCCACUCUAGUGUCCUACCUGGCAAAGAGAAAUAAGAACGUGCUACUUCUGAGCACGCUGCACGCGGAGCCCGACGUUAGCGAUCGCCGCGACCGGAAGCCGGCCCUCAUCCUAGACUACAACUGCAACAAGGGCGGCGUGGACAACCUAGACAAGGUGGUCGGCACCUACAGCUGCAGACGGAUGACCGCCCGCUGGCCCCUGGUCAUCUUCCACAACAUCCUCGACGUGUCCUCCUACAACGCCUUUGUCAUAUGGCGAGAGAUCAAGCCCGACUGGAUGCCUGGGAAGAGGAACAAGAGGAGGGUGUUCCUGGAGCAGCUCGGAAAGGCACUCGUCAAGCCCUUGAUCCAAAGAAGGCAUCGUCUCCCCCGCACCCAAGCCGCGUCCGCACUUGUCAAAGUCCUACAGAGUGCCACCGCCGAGGCUCGUCCGCCAGCCCGGGAGCAAGCCGCUGGCCCGGCCGCCGCCGCCCCGGCCGCCCCGCCGGUGGUGAGUAAGAGGAAGAGGUGUCAGCUCUGCCCACCCAAGAAGGACGCCAAGACACACACCACGUGCUGUAGGUGUAAAAAAUACAUCUGCAAAGGCUGUUCACACGCGUACUGUCACACUUGUGCCCACUGGGCCUUUAGCCAAGACGGGACAGGGUGACCCGGGGGGGACACUGUGUGGUAGGCAUAAUAGGAGGACAA